AGCGCAUAAUAGUUGUGUUCCCUUAUCUUUCUUUUGUCUCUUCCCUCUCUGGUCACUUCAGCUGUAUCGAAAAAUCGUAAGUCAUUUGGAAGGGAUACGCAACCGUAAACAUAAACUCACACAUCAAGCUGUCCUUUCUUUGGUUGCUGCGGCAUUCGUCUACUUUUCCUUCUUCUCUCUUUUUCAUUGGUGUUGUGUGUAUGUGUGACACACUAUCUUUUCUCCCUUUACCGCAGAGGAUAUCAUCGCUUGUACCUUACUAUGUGUUAUUACUGAUACUAUCUUGUUCUUUGUGCGGGCUUUUUCCUUUGGAAAGAUAAGAGUAGUGUUACAUCGUCACAAUGGGUGCUACAGGCUCUGCCGCGAGAACGCAAAGGCCAUCGCUAAACGCCGCAUCACCGAAGGACGAAGCGGCGCGAACCGUCUUGGAAGUGCGCAAGCCGCAGCUCACCUCUCUCAACAAGAAAGCGAACAACAAUAAACGCCAGCCAAACGCAAUAAUUUAUGAGGCAGACAGCGAGCGAUGCAAGAAUUCUCAUGUGCUGAACGCCCCUGCGCCGAUUCUCUCGCUGCCGCAGGAGAGAAAGGCCUCUGCCUCAACAAACGGCUCCUCGCGUCGAAUGAAAACAUCGCUGCUGCCUAACGAGCGACGGCAGACCAGUGCCCCACUCCCGCCGGAGCCGCCGGCCACCACUGCCGCUGCUGCGGAGACUUACCUCAUCCGCUACGACAAUGCGUUCUGGGACUCUCUCUGCCCCAAGUCCCCGUGCGAUCUCCAACGCGUGCCGGAGUUGGAGUCACGCAACUUCCGGCGAGUUGUCACAAAAGUUAAUUUGAGGGCCGACGCGGACGUGAAACGGAAGCUGUCGAGGCGGAGAGCCAGCUCGAAGAGACGCCCAUCGGACAGGCCGGCCGCGGCAGUCGAUGGGCGGUGGUGGGAGGGCAGCAUCCCGUACGUCCGGGGAGAGGAGAACCCCCGUACCAGAAGUAGCAGCGAAGGCGCCUUGCGCACUGGGUACUCCUACGUGGAUCUGAUGCAGCCCAACCGUUCUUCCGGCUCCGUCCGUGCUGCAGACGACAACGGCAACGACCGAGUUGACAGGGUUAACGGCACGGACUCGUCUUCUCCUGCGGAGUGGGCCCUCUUCGAUGACGAUUCCACCACGGAGACACUAGUGGCGCCACAGCGAGCCCCAGAAACAGAUGAAGAAGAGCACCGUCAGCUCGUGCCCAAGUCACCGAACUGGAUCCCGCCGAGCGAUGAUUGGAAUGCUUCGCACGCGCCAAACACUGUUACGCGAAAGGGCACUUUCGGAGUGCUGAUGCCGAUAGGCAAAAGUGUGGUGAUUAGCAAGGGCGGCUUGGCCAGCUUCCGCAACACUGGAAACGAUGCAGCGUCGAACAAUUCCAUAGCAGGAGAAGAGCGCGCAGAGGACGAUCUCCUCGACAAUUUUCUAAUGAUGCGCUACGUAAGUGACAUGGAAACGGCACCGACGAACGUCCGCAACACCGCAUCAACGUUGUGGCACUACGAAAGCAAUGAUUUCUUUCCAUACAGGAAGAGAGCAGCGGAGAAUCCACCGACGUCAUGCUACGCCACUCCGCCCGGCUCAGUGUAUAAUACAUCAUCUUCACGGACAGCGUCUCAGUCAGUUGCUUCACGGCGGUAUCCGCUACCUCAGCCGCUCAUGUACGGCCCUCGAAACACGCUGACACGCAGUCGGCGGUUUGAUAUUGAACGGGUUCUCGGAUUUGAACGCGAUAAGGUGCGGCGCGUCCCUUCGCCAGAUUGGCGGAGGCUGGAUGAGGUGCAGGUGCCACAUGAUCCACCGUGUCAUGCGCGCCGUCAUCACCCACAUCACGCACACUAA